UUGCCCCACGCUCACGCAUGUCCCGGAUGUACCUACAUUUUAGUAGAGGAACAAAAAAUGGGCUCGUUACCAAGCUUCACCAAACCGUUUAAAUUACCCCCAGAAACCAUCAUUGCACCUGUAUGAGGACCUGUCCGCAUGUUUGAACGAAGUGCAAGUCUAUUGUCGCCGUGUUUAUAAAGAGAUUCAUGAAAGUAAAGAGAUUAAAGUCGGAGGUGAGAGUUGUGGGCUGAGCGCGUUGACACCGAUUUGAGCUUCGCUCUGCUGUCAGGGCCUUCUGCCAUCCACCCCACCCGUCAGCCGUCUAGCAAAGAGUGAUGACCUCACAGCAGCAUGGGAAUGCCAACCCUGCCCUCAUCUCUCCACAGAACUCUUCCUCCAGUCAGGGCAGGCAACACAUUCCACGUUCCUCUAUAGACUCGUAUUCCCGAUCCGGGGUCUCCUCUCCUCGGAGAGGUUGGGUUGCGGCAUCCUCGUCCUCGACAGCUCACGGUAACUCUCUCGCACUCUCUCUAAGCCGCUUGACUCCUCCAUCCUGCGGGAAUUCCCACUCCUCUAGGAGACCCGCAUCCGGCAGGGUCGAGCCUUGGCCGGAGGAGGCCGUGGAUGAUGCGUAUGGGCUAUACUCACUUCACCGCAUGUUUGAUAUUGUGGGAGCGCAGCUGACGCAUCGGGAUGUGCGCGUGCUAUCCUUUCUAUUUGUGGACGUUAUUGACGAGUACGAGAGAGGAGGGAUACGGAGCGGCCGGGACUUCCUGCUUGCUCUGGAGCGACAGGGGCGGUGUGAUGAGACGAACUUUAGGCACGUUCUUCAGCUGCUCCGCAUCAUAACUCGCCAUGACCUGCUACCCUAUGUCACUCUGCGCAAGAGACAGACAGUUUGCCCAGAUCCAGUGGAUAAAUAUUUGGAGGAGACAUCUGUGCGAUACGUUUCUCCUAGAGGAGCAGGAGAGACUGGGCAGGGUACACCUCACAGAAGAACAGGACCCCAGCCAUUGAUCUGUUGUCCUCCUUCAGGACCCCAUGUAUGCCCACCGCGUGCUAAACCCAUCCCACCUGCGCCAAGCAGGAAACGGAAGAGAUUUCACACAACAGCCGACUGCAGAGAAAAACAGACCUGUGAUAUACGAUUGCGAGUACGUGCCGAGUACUGCCAACACGAGUCGGCUCUGCAAGGCAACGUCUUCUCCAACAAGCAGGAGGCACUAGAGAGGCAGUUUGAGCGUUUCAACCAAGCCAACACCAUCCUCAAAUCCCGUGAUCUGGGUUCCAUCAUUUGUGACAUCAAGUUCUCAGAGCUGACCUACCUGGACGCCUUCUGGCGGGACUACAUCAACGGCUCACUGUUGGAAGCCCUGAAGGGCGUUUUCAUCACAGACUCUCUAAAGCAAGCUGUUGGCCAUGAAGCCAUUAAGCUGCUGGUGAACGUGGAUGAAGAAGACUACCAGGCCGGCAGGAGGAAGUUGCUGAGAAACCUGGUGGCGGGAGGAGCGAGCAUGGGCAGCAAGGAGGGUCCCUUGUCCUAGUGGUGGGAUCGACUAUUGUCGGUAAGUGGAAAAAAUUCAGAAAGACCGUGAUGAGGAGAGAUUUGGACACUAAUGAGAAGGUAUAAAUGGAGGUUUGGGGACACAGGAAGUAAGGAAUGUAAACAGAAAAAGACGUGACUCUUAAGAUGAAGGUGCUCUAAAAGAGGCCGGGUAUUGUGUCUUCAGCUAACAAUGAUGGUUAAAGAAUGUUGUGGAAAGUUGUGUUAUUUCUAUUUUUAUUUUGAGUAUCUCAAGUUGUGGAAAUAAAACAUGAAGGGGGAAGUAUCGGACAAAGGCAUUUUAUUUAUUUGGUCUUUUCCUGCAUAAAUAACACGAAUGCUUUUGUUUUAAGAUUAUGUGUUUUUUUUCCAUUUCUAUCAAGUCUUGUUACAGCCAUGUACUUUUAGUGAAAUUCUCCUGCCUAGAUGUUCAUCUCAUUAAGAUUAACAAGGUUGCAUAACAUUUUAUACAAAACUGAUUUGCCUUUAAGAUGCCAGCUGAAACAUUGCUUAAACUCUUCCCUUUCCAUACAGUCCGAAUCCAUUUGAAGUUCUUGUCAUCUGGAACAUUUGAAUGUUUCCUCUUCAUGUGACCUCACAAAGCAGAAUCUCCAGAAUGAACCUUCCGCAUAAAAAAGUAAAUAAAAAUCACACAAGUUUCAAAACACACGGCAACAUUUUAGCUUCACUAUACUACUUGAAACAGAGCAAGAUCUCAAUUUCUGUAUUGAAGUUGUUGCACAUUUGGGUUUGUUUAAUGUUGUGGGGUGCGGUGGAUAUCAAAAUCUGAAUCUGUUGAAUCUUCUGGAUGGCUUGGUUGGAGAUUGUGUUUUGAUCUUGCAUGUCCCUGUAAUUUUUUUGUUGACUAUGAAAAAACACUCAAGUUGGCAAAUAUCCCCUCCAUUUGAAAUUUGCAUAUUAAUAUUUGCUCUUUGUCAAGAUUUUCCCAAAAUGAUUAGGACUACUUAUAACCGUCAUUAUUACUGAUUCACAAAUUCAGCAUAAAUGUCUGGACAGAAAGUGGUUGUAAUACAGAAAAGAUUGGCUUUGUGAAGGCAGUUUAUGUGACAGAAGUAUUUGACCAAGGCUUUGUUUAAUUUUUACAAAUGGGUUUAUUGGUUCUGUCAUAAAUUAAUUUGUAGAGUUUUGGGAUGCAAGAAAGGUUUUCUCACUUGCAAUAAUGCCACACACCUGACAGAAGCUAAACCUUUCUGUUUUUUAUUUUUCAUGUCAUUUUGUGGUGCUUUGUUAUUGUUUUUUUUUUUAGAUGUGCUGUAUUUAAUAUAAUUUAUAAAAAAUGUGUUAUGAGGAAAGACUUCUGCCAGGUGUUGAAAUAAUCUGCCCAAUCUGUCCAACAAGCCUUCAUGCAGUUUAAAGUGAUGUGUAACACAAAACGUGCCAACCUGAAACGCAACCUGGGUUUAAACAUGACUGAAAAGGAACAAUAUUGUCUGAGCAACAAACAAUCGUAGGAAAAUGUAAUUUGAUUUGAAAUCUUUUCGCUGUACUUUUAAAAUACCAAAGCUGUUUCCUUUCUCUCUUCCUAUUCUCAUUCAUUCUUUCCCAUUUCUCCAUCUUCUAAAAUAUAAAGAAACUGUUGAAAAUUUAAAGAAAAAUGGUGACUUGUGGGGUAGAGUGAAACAUUUAUGAGUUUUAGAGUGAGACGUUAGUUGUGGAUCGAUGAAUGAUACUGCUAUAAUUAUUACAGAAGGAAAAAAGCAUUUUUUGUAAUGUUUUCCUAUUGGAACUAAACAAAGUUACAGACUGGUAUCUAUUAUAUAGGUUACAUGUUCUAUUGAUUGUGUUCAAGUGUUUGUCUUUAUAUCUUGCAUGUAUAUGACAUUGAUCCCCUUACAUAUCACACAGUGAAAAUUGAGCUGUGGUCUGUAGAUUUGAAAUAUCUAGACAUUUCUAACCUUUUUUAUACUUUGUUUUUCAUAGAGAAAGAAAUGGGAUUGCUACUUUUUGGAGAGGUGAGAUGAGUAUUCUCAAAAGUGACACAUUAGAACAGAUGAAGACGGAGCACUUUAUUUUUUACUCUCUCAAGUAUUUCACCUAUCGUAACCAUAUAUAGUAAUACACCAUUCCAAAAUGUAGGAGAUGUUCAACAGCAUCGGCCAUCUGUCGCAUUAUGACUGAUUUCGGAAUCAUUUUAUUUUUGUUGACCAUGCCGGUGGUUGUGUUAAGUGAAACUUAUGUGCAAAAUAGACAGCUGGUUCAUUCAAUGUCUGUACAAAUCAAUAAAACA